AUGACCACGAUCCAAUCCAAAGCGAUUCCCGUGCUUCUCGCCGGCAAGGACGUUCUCGGAGCGGCCAAAACAGGUUCCGGCAAGACGCUGGCGUUCGUGAUCCCGGUGAUCGAGCUGCUGUCGCGUCUGAAAUGGAAGCAGCGACAAGGCACGGGCGCGAUUAUCAUCACGCCGACGCGCGAAUUGGCGAUGCAGAUCUUCGGCGUCGUGACGGACCUGGCGUCUGCGCACGGAUUGACGCACGGCAUCGUGAUGGGCGGCGCGAAUCGGAAGAGCGAGGCCUCGAAGCUGGUGAAGGGCAUUUCGAUUCUGAUCGCCACGCCGGGCCGUUUGCUGGACCAUCUGCAGAACACGAAGGGCUUCAACUUCGAAAACCUGCAGUGUUUGGUGAUCGACGAAGCGGACCGCAUUCUGCAGAUCGGAUUCGAGGAGGACAUGAAGGCCAUCAUGCGUCUCCUCCCCAAGAAGCGCCAGACCAUGCUGUUCUCCGCCACGCAGGACAAGAACGUGCAGGGCUUGGCGAAGCUCUCGCUGUCGGACAAUCCCGUGUAUAUCGGCGUGCACGACGCCUGCGAAGAAGCGACGGUGAGUCGGUUGGAGCAGGGCUACGUGGUGUGCGGGUCCGACCAGCGCUUCCUGCUGCUCUAUACCUUCCUCAAGAAGAACAUCCAGAAGAAGAAGAUCAUGGUCUUCUUCUCGAGCUGCAAUUCGGUGCAGUUCCACGCGGAGCUGCUGAACUACAUCGACAUCCCGGUCAUGUGCAUCCACGGAAAGCAGAAGCAGCAGCGCCGCUCCGCGGUCUUCUUCGAGUUCGUCAACGCCAAGACCGGCGUGCUGCUCUGCACGGACGUCGCGGCGCGCGGCCUGGACAUCCCCGCAGUGGACUGGAUCAUCCAGUACGACCCGCCAGACGAUCCCAAGGAGUACAUUCACCGUGUGGGACGAACGGCGCGAGGCAAGGAAGGCGUGGGCCGCGCCUUGCUGUUUUUGCUGCCGUCGGAAACGAUGUUCUUGGCGUAUCUGCGUGCAGCGAAAGUGAUGAUGAACGAGUACGUGUUUCCGAAGAAUAAAGUGGCGAAUAUCCAGAGCCAACUGCUGAAGCUGAUGUCGCGGAAUUUCUAUUUGCAUAAGGCGGGGAGAGAGGCGUUCCGAUCGUACAUCAUGGCGUAUGCGAGCCAUUCGUUGAAGAAUAUCUUUAAUGUGAAUCAGCUGGAUUUGAAGGAGGUGGCGAUGGGCUUCGGGUUUGAAGUGCCGCCGAAGAUUAAUCUGUCGUUUGUGAAGAACAGCGGGAAGAACACGCGGGAGAAGCAGAUGAAGGGAAAGGGAGCGCAGCCGAAGAGACAGAAGAUGGACGACAGGCAGUUUAGUCGAUAA